UCCGCCCCCGUGUUCGAUACCUCGCGAGACUUCGUGGAGGCCUCCCUCUUUCGUCUCGGCCGCCAACAUGCCGUCCAGACUGAGGAAGACCCGGAAACUUCGGGGCCACGUGAGUCACGGCCACGGCCGCAUCGGCAAGCACCGGAAGCACCCGGGAGGCCGGGGUAAUGCUGGCGGCAUGCAUCACCACAGGAUCAACUUUGACAAAUAUCACCCAGGUUACUUUGGGAAAGUUGGUAUGAGGCAUUACCACUUAAAGAGGAAUCAGAGCUUCUGCCCAACUGUCAACCUUGAUAAACUGUGGACCUUGGUCAGUGAGCAGACACGGGUGAAUGCUGCCAAAAACAAGACUGGAGCUGCUCCUAUCAUUGAUGUGGUGCGAUCGGGCUACUACAAAGUUUUGGGAAAGGGAAAGCUCCCAAAGCAGCCUGUCAUCGUGAAGGCCAAAUUCUUCAGUAGAAGAGCCGAGGAGAAGAUUAAGGGUGUCGGGGGGGCCUGUGUCCUGGUAGCCUGAAGCCACGUGGAGGGAGAUUCAUUAAAUGCUAAGAAGUGUUUUUCUCA